AGACAAAAAGAAGUGUCAUGGAUUUCUUAGCCAACGGCGUGGACGACGAUGAAAAUAUUGUCUUCGGUGAUUCAUCCGAUGAUCGCAAUGUCUUACGAAUCGUGGUUACCGAAGCGAGCACAGAAAUCGCUCACGCUCUCAUGUAUCGCAUUCUUUCUAAUAACGUAUUUGAAGAUGAUCAACUCAUUUAUUUAGUUGUUUACGAAACCUUCGAAAAAGCGUUAUUUUUAGAAAGCAUUGUAAUAGAACUUACGGAAUCCAGUCCGACUCAGCUCUAUGGAAUUAUUUAUACGCAUGAACCGUCGAUCGCUUUUAAAGAUGCGGAUAUUGUGUUUUGUAUUGGAUUAGCAAGAGGAUAUGAAUUUGUGGACGAAGAGUAUGAAGAUUUAUUUUUCGAGGAGUGUGCCUUAAUUGCAAAAUUUCAUGGUGAAACCUUAGAAAGAUAUGCAAAGAGAGACGUAAAAGUAAUCGUUCUCGGAAAUAUGACGGCUACUAUUAUUUCGCAUUAUGCGAAAUCUAUUCCUAGAAAGAACUUUACAACCUUAUCCAAAUUUAACAUGAAAAUGUGCGCGGCUCAUAUAGCAACGCGAGUUGGUUGUCGUGCCGAUCAAAUUAAAAAUAUUAUUUUAUGGGGUACCGAUAAUAAAAGUAUGUUUCCUGAUUGCAGAUACAUAUCUUUUGCAAAAGAUGUGAUUAUUAAUGACUGUUUACGUGCAUGGUUAAAAGUCGAUUUACCACGGAUACUGCAAGAUGUAUUAAAUAGAUCUUUGUAUAGCAGAUCGCUUGCAUACGCACUUGCAGAACAUUGCAAAGUAUUAUGGUAUGGGACAGAACAAGGUGAAUGGACUUGUAUGGGUGUAUACUCCGACAGUUCGUACGGUGUUCACGAAGGAAUAUUUUUUUCCUAUCCAGUGUUUUGCAAUAACAAAGAAUACGAGAUCGUUCAAGUACCAGACAUUUUUAUUACCUAUAUAUUUCAGAGAAAUUUCGGUAUUAUCUUAUUUAUAAUUUUCGCUUUAUAUACAAGGGUUUACUAG